UCCUGUCUGUGUCUUUUCCUGGACUUGACCUUCUUGUCAGAACGUAGUGACUAGUUAGUACUAUCAAUGGUGCUCCGGUGUUAAUUCAAUUUUGAGCAUUGCCUCCUCAGCUGAAAGGACAAGCUAAAAGAUGGCUGUGGUUGCCAGGUCGUUUUCCAAAUUCGCUGUCAGAAAUUGUGGCAGUUUAUUACGCUCUCAGGUCAGAUUUAAUUACACAGAAACUAGGAAGAAUUUAAAAAUUGAUGCAAAUACCAAAGUGAUAUGUCAAGGUUUUACUGGAAAGCAAGGGACUUUCCAUUGCCAGCAAGCGCUCGAUUAUGGUACAAAGAUAGUAGGUGGAGUUAGUCCUAAGAAGGCUGGAACAGAACAUCUUGGUAAACCGGUGUAUAAGAGUGUUAAAGAGGCGAAAGAAGCAACUGGAGCUACUGCAACAGUCAUUUAUGUGCCUCCUCCAGCUGCAGCAUCAGCCAUUAUGGAAGCAAUUGAUGCAGAAAUGCCAUUAAUUGUUUGUAUUACUGAAGGUAUUCCUCAACAUGAUAUGGUCAAAGUAAAAAGGCGACUACUUGAACAAAAUAAGUCACGUUUAAUUGGGCCAAACUGCCCUGGAAUAAUAGCACCUGAACAGUGUAAAAUUGGUAUUAUGCCUGGUCACAUACAUCAAAGAGGAAAGAUUGGCAUUGUCUCGAGAUCAGGAACCCUAACUUACGAGGCUGUGAAUCAAACGACACUUGCGGGACUUGGGCAAACAUUAUGCGUCGGCAUUGGCGGCGAUCCGUUCAAUGGUACCGAUUUCAUUGACUGUUUGGAUGUAUUUCUUACCGACCCAGAUUGCGGCGGUAUUAUAAUGAUAGGAGAGAUUGGAGGCAGCGCAGAAGAAUUUGCAGCAGAAUAUCUCAUCGAAAAAAAUACUGGUGGAAAAGCUAAGCCAGUGGUAUCAUUUAUUGCUGGUCUUACUGCACCACCUGGACGAAGAAUGGGACAUGCUGGUGCCAUAAUAUCAGGAGGAAAGGGCGGGGCGCAAGACAAGAUUAAUGCACUCGAAAAAGCUGGUGUAAUAGUAACAAGGAGUCCUGCACAAAUGGGUAAUGAACUUCUGAAGGAAAUGACACGCCUUGGUUUGAUUAAUUGAAGCACAUACUACUAUAAUUCUGUGUAGUUCUCUUCAUGUCCAUGUAAAACGUCUACAAGAAAAAUAAAUUGAAAGUAUGCCAUAACAGCAAUAACUCACAGAACAUAGUAGUGCAUUGAAAUAUAAAAAUUAUUUUAUUUGCUAACGUUGUAUCAAUUGUUCUCAUUACUAUAGGACAGUGAUCAAUGCUAAAGAUUACACAGAAGAUAACUGAUAUUUUUUAAAGAGAGCUGGAUUUAUUUUAACAGCGCGAACAACUUUAUAAUACUUUUGCAGAAUUAAUUGUUACGUUAAGUAGCAAAGAAUAAUUUAUGUGUUAUCUGAGGGAACGUUAAAACUGCCAUUGAUCUGUCACGAUUUGACUAUUGCAGAGUUAUAAAUUUUUCUAUAUGUAAACAGUUUUUUGAGGAACGGUUGUUUAAGUGUAUAAUGUACUAUUGUAAAUUAUAUCAAGCAUAUAAUAUAUUAUGGUAAUGAAUCUAACUUUAUGGAAUAUGUAUCCUUAUUGUAAAACAUGUUAAGAAUUCAAAUAUAUAUAUAAAUAUUGCUGCUUGUUCCCA